AUGAGUUCCGUGGAGCAGCCUCCGAGGAGCGGCCUCUCCCUGAAGCCUGCAGACAUCAGCCAAGGCCUCGCAGGCCCCGCGUCCGCCUGGAGCCUCCAGCAGGUCCGCACGAAGGCGCGCGGCAACACGUACCAGCCCAACAAUCGCAAGCGCAAGCGCACGCACGGCUGGACCAAGCGCAUCAGCACCCCGGCCGGCAUCGAGGUCAUCCUGCGGCGCAUGCUCAAGGGCAGGAAGUCCCUGAGCCACUGAGCGCUCUGGCUGCCUGGCCUGUGGGCUG